UUUUGUCAAAUUUCUUAUUUUGUUUGUCUUUUGUUACACUGUUUGCAGGUUUAACAGCUGGUGAAACACUUGACGGUUUGUGUCUGCCAGUUCCAUUAAAAGUUUGUUGUGUCAGAUCUUUGUCUCGUGGUCUCCUCAGGAAGCCCCUAGUGGAGAAUGUGAAGAAAGCAGCAGCAGAGCAGAUGGAGCAGGAGGCUCCAAAGCCAAAGAAGAAAGGGUUCCUUCCCGAGAACAAGAAAUGCAAAAAAAGCAAGAAGCUCACUGUACUGGAGAACAAAGACACUACAGUUGCCCCAGCAACUGCAAGGGGAGGGGUGGAAGGGGGGAAGAAGAAGGAGGAAAAGAAAAGAGGAGGAGAGGAAACACAGACUCCGCAUCCUGUUAAAAAGGCCAAAGCUCAACAGCCAAAGAGCAAGAAGUACAGAGGGAGGGACAGACAGCAGGUCAGCACUGAGUGAGGGACACACGGGGACUGAACAGAGGAGCAGGACAAAGACUCUGAAAUGGACCUGUGUAGACCAGUGCACAUCAACCCUGCUCCUGGAGAUCUGUCUCCCAGCAGUUUAGCCCCACCCCCUGCUCCUGGAGAUCUGUCUCCCAGCA